AUGGCGCCUUAUGAUAGUGACUCCGAUGAUGGCGACGAUGCGGCGAGUUACACAGAAACCAAUGUCUUAUUAGGGUACGCGGCCGAAGAACCUUCGGAUGAUACAAUCUCGUACUUGGGAGGAACACCCUCAUGGAUAAAUGACGAGACGCUUCCGUCGGCGACACUUGCGAAAUGCAAGGUCUGUAACGAUUUCAUGGUCCUCCUCCUUCAACUCAACGCCGAUCUCCCAGAACAGUUUCCCGGACACGAACGAAGGUUAUAUAUUUUCACAUGCCGAAGGAAAACUUGUAGGCGGAAAGAAGGAAGUGUCAGAGUAUUGCGAAGUUCAAGAACAUUUGCCGCGCCGAAGAAAGUGGUGCCAAAGAAGGAGGAAGUGGAGGAGAAACCAAAGGUCAAUAUUGGAGAAACAUUAUUUGGGUCAAAAGGAAGCAGUAGUGGAAACGCGAAUCCAUUUUCCAUGGGAGGAGCAGGCGGCAAAGAAAAUCCGUUUUCAACAGGUGUGAAAGCUGGGGGAAGCAGCCACAACUCCUCAAAUCCAUUCGCGAAACCAACACCCUCAGAACCCCCAGAAGCAAAAGACCUACCCCAAACAUUCGCCGAAAAGCUCAACAUAAAUAACCCCCAACAAACUCAUGGUCCACCUCCUCCGUCCGUACCCUGGCCAGAGCAAUCCUCCUUCCCAACACCCUACCCAAAACUAUACCUCGUAGACGCCGACUACGAGAUCCUCGACCGCACGCCAGAAAUCGCACAGAACAUCACCGUAGGAACGAUGGACAUUGAAAGCGAAGGCGCCAGCGGCGGCAAAGAAGAUAAAGAAGUAUUCGAAAGCGAGAUCGACAAGACGUUUCAGAAAUUCGCGGAUCGCAUCGGCUGUAACCCAGAACAAGUCCUCCGCUACGAGUUCGUUGGCGCACCGCUGCUGUAUUCGAAGAAAGAUGCUGUGGGCAAGAUGUUUAGCGAGGGAAAGGGGAAGGGGGGAGGGAUGCCGAGGUGUGGGAAUUGUGGGAGGGAACGCGUGUUUGAGUGUCAGUUGAUGCCGCAUGCUAUUAUGGAGUUGGAGAGGGAUGAGAUGGGGGUUGAUGGGAUGGAGUGGGGGACGGUGGUUGUGGGGGUUUGUAAGGGGGAUUGUGUGCAGAAUUUUGUUAAGGAGGGGGAGGUGGGCUGGAUGGAGGAGUGGGUUGGGGUGCAGUGGGAGGAUGUUGGGAGAUGA